CGCUCGCGCGUGACGUUCCCGCUGGCGCACUAUAUGUACUUCGAGCCUAAAGAGCUCUGACAGCAGUGUGCACGCGAAGCGCGUUCUAGUCUAACAGCACGGGAGCUUUAACAGCCGCAUAACACUUCAAAAUGAAGCCUUGUUUGGUGCUCGUGUUCCUUCUGUUCUCUCUCGUCUGUCUGAUGUACCAGGCGUCGGACGCGUGUUCAUGCGCGAUGUCUCAUCCACAGGAGGCGUACUGCAACUCCGACAUUGUGAUCAGGGCAAAAGUGGUGGGCAAGAAACUCCUGGACGACCGUCCGUUCGGAACCAUGCGCUACACGGUCAAACAGAUGAAGAUGUACAAGGGCUUCGACAAGAUCCAGCAUGUGCAGUACAUCUACACACACAACUCCGAGAGCAUGUGCGGAGUCAAGUUCGACAUCAACAAAUACCAGUAUCUGAUCACAGGUCGUGUUCAUGACGGGAAGGUUUACACCGGCCUGUGUAACUUCAACGAGCGCUGGGAACGCUUGUCUCUGGCUCAGAAGAAGGGCAUCAACCACCGCUAUCAGCUGGGCUGCAACUGCAGGAUUAAGCCGUGUCACUACCUGCCCUGCUUCGUGACCUCCAAACACGAGUGCCUGUGGACGGACAUGCUGUCCCACUUCGGCUACCCCGGGUAUCAGUCCCGCAACUACGCCUGCAUCCAGCAGAAGGAGGGCUACUGCAGCUGGUACCGAGGGAUGACCACCCGCGACAAAGUGACCAUCAACACCACCGACCCCUGAACCCGCCCUAACAACAAUAACUAACUGCCCCACCUGAUCUUCCUCUGUGUAAUUAGACAGAACCACAUCAGAUCACGUGUGUUCAGCAACGGGUCACGUCAAUUAGAUGAAGCGUGAGGCCUGGAGCAGUUACCCAGCUAACAAAAACAUGUUCUAAGAACGUUUCGCUAACAUUCCCUAUUCGGAAUGUUCUCUGAACGUCCAGUUUUUAAAAAAAAAUCUUGGUUAUAUGAACGUUGAGGGAACAUUCCAUUGUGUCAUUCUUCAAACAUUAUGGGAACGUUAGUUUUGAAUGUUCUCUGAACGUUCUGUAGAAACAUUUAAAAAACAUACAACUGAAACGUUUCAGAAAAAAGAUGUUUUUGUGCUAACAUUAUUAAAGACCAGAUAACUGAACGCACGCACUGGAAAAACGUUUGUUCAUAACGUUCUGAGAACGUUCCCUGUUAGCUGGGUAACCCCAAACGAAACGAACUGAUCCUCAUUAACACGACCCACUGAGAUAUGAAGUAAUUUAUGAAUGCAAUAAUACUGCUCUUUUAUAGUGAUGUAUUGCUUUUAAACAUGAUUUAAAUGAUAUAAAUUGUAUAUGUACGCAGAUAAACGUCAUGUGCCAGAUUUAUACUGUUCAGUAUCUAUUUAUGAUGCUCACUCUGGACUGUGCUGAAACGUUGGGUUUUGGUCAUUGAGAUGUGGUCGUUCCAGCACAAGCGCAGAGCGACGCCUGAGCGAUCCGUGCGUUUGAUUCUUUCCUUCUUGCUGUUUAUGAUAUAAGCUAUGAAAUUGUGACUAGUAUUUUUUUAUUACUUUAAAACAAAGAUUAUAAUCAGUAGAUAAAUCUUCUUCAUAUCAAUGUGUUUUCUACAUCUAGACCGCGCUGAUGAGAGAAACCUAAUGCUUCAUCAAUCCAUUCUGAGAGUACAGAAUAUGAAUCAAACAAUAAUCAUGCAUCAAUAUUGAAGUAAUUCAGAUCAGAACAGCUAGAAUAAUCAUUUUUACCACUAAACUCAAGUUAUUUCAUCAGAUUUUCUGCUCCAUUCCUCUGUUGGAAGCUGAGAUCAGACAGAAAAGCAUCUGAAAACUAGUUAACUGCUGGUUUAAGCGUCUGAAUACUAGUUAACUGCUGGUUUAAGCGUCUGAACACUAGUUAACUGCUGGUUUAAGCAUCUGAACACUAGUUAACUGCUGGUUCAGAGUAAAAACGUUCUGUCUCAGCCUCCAACUCCAAGUUUUUAUAACAGUAUUUUGUCUGUGUAACACAAACAUUCUGCUCAGAUCAGACCUGUUUUACUCUCAUUGAAGAGGCUGAAAGCUUGUGUGUGUGUUUGUGUGUGUAUAUGUGUGUGUGUAAAAGAGAGAGAUGACCAUUUUUCAAUUAGCAGCUUUUCAAGGAUGUUUUGAUUUUUAAUUUCUCUGUUUUAUAUUUUUAUAAUAAAGAUUGUGAAAAUGGC